GUCGCGAUAUUGAAGGCGCAGACAGAUGCCAGGCAGCUGGAUAGUUCAGAGGCGAUGGGAUCGACCGGGGCCAUCGGGCCCGGCCGUUCAUGGACAGAGCGCGGCGAUGAGCAGAUCGAAUCGGCUGCUGAGUCCGCGGAUCGGAUCGGGGGCUUCGAGAACGAGCUCGAAGGGGCCCUCGACGAGGUGCGGGCGCCGGCGUUCCCCGACACCUUCGCCGCCGAGUGCGCCCCGAUCGCUCGCGCGAAGAAGGCGGCCUUUAUGGGGGCCCAUUCCGUCGCGGGACUGAACCGCGAUAGCUCCGCGAAGGCGGGCGCCCUGAAGAAACGCCGAGAGGAGCGGCCCAGGGGCGGGUCGGACCAGGCGACGCGGUCGCUCGCGACCAG